UGUCCGUCGGGCGGAAGCGGAAGCAGUUUGUGCAGCGUCCCGAGGUAAACAGAACUAAUGGAAACAGGCCGUCAGCCUUAACUGGGACUUCACCAACAUGUCCAUCGUCUUUGUGCCAAAGAAACUACGAGGAAAAGCGAAAGUCAACCAGGAGAUUAUACAGAGGCUGCUGGAUGAAAACGACCAGCUGAUCAGAUGUAUCGCAGAGUACAUGCAGAAAGGUCGAGCGGUUGAGUGUGUCCAAUACCAGCAGAUCCUGCACCGCAACAUCGUCUAUCUGGCCACCAUAGCUGAUGCCAGCCCCGAAAACACGCCCUCCUCCUCCUCAAAUUCUGCAGCUGGUGAAGCUUCAGCCCCCACACCAGAGACGAAUGGAGCUGGACCCACAUGAUGCAGUCAGCAGGCGUCAGUCGAGCUGGGACAGUGUCGCCCUCAAGACAAUUUCUAUGUGACAAGGACAAUGACUCAUUAUGCUGAGCUGGUUUCAGUAAUGCGUCACAUCUAGUGACCACUGGUGUUUCAGAUCAGUGUUUUGCGUUGAGAGAACACUUUAGUAUUCUCUGAAAUGUACAUUAAAAUGUUUUCCUUUUUUAAAAA